AUGUGGGUCCGAACCUACGGCCCGAACCUGCAAUCUCCGAAGGCAUGUGCGCUCCAAACCGGCGUCAAGCGAAAAGAGGAUCUCCCAGUCCUCCGCCACCCAUUUAGGGAUGUCCCGAGCCUGCUGAUCAGGUCCGGCACCAUGCCGGAGCCCUUGGUUCGGCGGGGCUUUUCUUGGGAGUGGGAAGAGGUGCCUUCUGGCGAUGAAGCUGCUGUAAAGCUUGCUGAUGACGUGGAGGGGAGGAUUCUAUAUGAGAAAAUCCUUAAGGAGGUGUAUGGGGUCACUGUUGACUGGAAGAUUCCAGCGAAUGCAGCAGCAGCAUUGUCGGCAGCAUCGUCAGCAGCAGCGUCGUCGGCUGCAGUUUCAAAAACCCGUCCGGUGGUUCGCACAGUGGCAGACGUGGAGUUCCUCGUCGAACUGAUGGCAGCCGAAAGAGAGCCUUCCAGGUGCACGCGGUGCUGGAAGUGCCACCUCAGGCACGCCGCUGCCAUCAACUACGUCGCCCUGCUCGCCUCCUUCGCCUACCGCCCCAUCUCCACCCUCAUCCACCGCUUCCUCUUCCUCUUCCCCCCCGACCAAACCAAAGAGGCGUACAUGCUUCUCCGCAUGUUCAUGGCGUCAGGGCAAGAGGAAGAGGUGAACUGGAGGCAUGUGAGAGGACGCUUGGAAGGGUUCGCGGAGGAAAAGGAGAUGGGGACUUUUACGCAUGCGUGUACGAUGAUAGCGUGGACGUGGGCCAAAGAGGAGGAGACGAAUCCAGGGCGGUUUGCUCGCCUUGCAGCGCAGGAGGGUGUGGAGCAGGGGAAGGGUGGGGUGAGCAAGUGGAAGCAGUUGGACAGUGAAAUGUGGGAGGAGGUUCGGGCGUGGCGGCACGCUGCCAAGGCUGCAUGGCCCGGGGACAAGAGGAAUUGGAUGGGAGAGCUGCGGGAUGAGUGCCAGGGUGGCAGGAAAAGGACGAACCAGCCAUGCUGCUGGGGGAGCCGUGGAAAGGUGGGUCAGAAGCGAUGCCAGAAACGGCAAAACGAGCAGCAGGGAACAGCGUCACUCGAAAACGAGCAGGAGCAGGGAGCAGAGCAGCAAGAAGUGAAGGAGCCGGAAACCCAGCAGGCACUUUCUGGACACAUGCAUCUGGUGUAG